AUGUCAGAAUCUGCGCCCUUUUCUGCGGACUCAUAUUUUGCAACCCAACCGCCGCCGGCUUCCUUGGAACACGACAUCUUGGGCGUUCGGGAAUUUGUUCAGCAGCAGCUGAAGAAGGACAGGAAUGUGGUUCUGGUGACCAGCGGUGGGACGACUGUCCCAUUGGAGCUUAAUGUAGUGCGUUUCCUGGACAACUUCAGUGCAGGAACUCGAGGCGCAACGUCUGCCGAAUACUUCCUGAAAGCGGGAUAUGCCGUUAUUUUCAUGCAUCGCCAAUUUAGCCUCCAGCCGUUCAGUCGACAUUAUUCGCAUUCGACCAAUCCUUUUCUUGACUUCUUGGAGAUAGAAACGCCACCAGUUGCCUCUCCGGAUUCCACACCUCAGAUCUGUGUAGCGAAGGAAAAGCGAGAAGACUUGAUGUCUGUACUUACGGCGUACAAAUCGGUACAAGCUUCCGGGACUCUGCACACGUUGGCGUUUGUAACUGUCAACGAUUAUCUAUGGUUACUCCGUGCCGUUAGCCAAGAGCUCUCUGCCUUGCGCCGUAGGGCCCUGUACUACCUCGCCGCCGCAGUCAGUGACUUUUUCCUACCCCGACAGAAGAUGUCGGAACACAAGAUCCAAUCCGGCAAGGGAAGCCUACAUAUCGAGAUGGAUCAAGUCCCAAAGAUCCUCAAGUCCAUGGUGGAUGAGUGGACGAAAGACGGCUUCAUAGUCUCGUUCAAGUUAGAGACGGAUCCAGCCCUCCUGAUACCGAAGGCGCGAGCGGCACUCAAACGCUACGGCCACCAACUCGUCAUUGGCAACGAGCUACACACGCGAAAAUACCAGGUCCUCUUCGUCACCCCAUCCUCGCAUACUUCCAUUCUAGAUGACUCGGUGGAUGAAGAUUCUGCUUUUACGGAGACCUGGCUACGAGUUGAUAUCCCGUCGACUCCCUCGGCCGUGUCUCAGAAAGAGAUAGAAGAAGACAUCGUCUUUGAAUUAGCACGGAGGCAUAGCGAAUGGAUUAACGAGAAGAAAUUGUAG